UCCUGUUCCCAACCACGUGGGCAGCGGGAUGGCGGGCGGCGCGGCGGGCGAGGCGCAGUGCCUCAGCUACACGGGGUGCAACUUCCUGCGGCAGCGCCUGGUGCUGGCCACGCUCAGCGGGCGCCCGCUGAAGAUCCGCAAGAUCCGCGCCAAGGAGGAGGACCCCGGCCUCCGCGAUUUUGAAGCAAGUUUUAUUCGUCUGAUUGACAAAGUGACCAAUGGCUCGCGGAUUGAAAUAAACCAAACAGGUACCACCUUGUACUAUCAGCCUGGUCUUCUGUAUGGAGGCUCGCUGGAACAUGACUGCAGCCCCAGUCGUGGUAUUGGCUACUAUUUGGAAAGUCUGCUCUGCUUGGCUCCUUUCAUGAAGCAUCCAUUGAAGAUUGUCUUGAGGGGAGUAACAAAUGAUCAAGUAGAUCCUUCAGUUGAUGUCCUUAAGGCAACAGCUCUACCCCUUCUGAAGAAGUUUGGAAUUGAUGGUGAAAGUCUGGAAAUCAAGAUCAACCGAAGAGGAAUGCCUCCCAAAGGGGGUGGAGAGAUACUGUUUGCUUGCCCAGUGAGAAAGGUCUUGCAGCCUGUUCAGUUCACAGACCCUGGAAAAAUCAAGCGCAUCAGAGGAACUGCAUACUCUGUCCGAGUGUCACCACAGAUGGCAAACAGAAUGGUGGAAUCUGCAAGGGGCAUCCUGAAUAAAUUCCUCCCGGACAUCUAUAUCUACACAGAUCAUAUGAAGGGGGUCAGCUCUGGAAAAUCACCAGGUUUUGGCAUGUGCCUUACUGCAGAAACCAUCAAUGGCGCUAUUCUCAGUGCUGAGCUAGCCUCAAACCCUCAGGGCCAGGGAGCAGCUGUGCUUCCUGAGGAACUGGGCCAGAGUUGUGCUAAGCUGCUGCUUGAGGAGGUCUACAGAGGAGGCUGUGUAGAUUCAACAAAUCAAAGCCUUGCUCUGCUCCUUAUGACACUUGGACAGCGUGAUGUUUCCAAAGUCCUGUUGGGACCUCUGUCACCAUACACAAUUGAGUUUCUGCGACACCUCAGAAGCUUCUUCCAGAUCAUGUUUAAAAUUGAAACCAAGACCACUGAGGAAGAACACACAGGCGGGGAGAAAGUCUUAAUGACAUGUGUUGGCAUUGGAUUUUGCAACCUCAGUAAAACUAUAAGAUAAAAAGCAUCUACAGACUUUGUGAAAGACAGAAAAUGCUGCAAAGAUCUGAUAAAACCUACCUGUCUGUGUACUUUGGCACAGGGAGACCUGUGAUGAUUCCAGGUGGGGGUAUCCAAGCUCACUGCAUGUAAACAAUAAAGCUGACAUUAGACUAUUUAGAUCUGUGCUAUUUAUAAAUGCAAUGCCAGUAUUCUGUGCUUAGAGUGGCUCUCUGGAGUCUCAGCUGACUUGGGACUCUUUGCACUGUAUUCCACUGAAUAGGACACAAGUGCCUCAUGUCACUGUGGUCUCAAGCCUUAAUGAGGUGAGUGCUCUGGUUUUAUGUAUUUACUGAUUUCACUCAUUUUUUUCUGAAAGGUUUAGAUAGAGAGGGAAAACAAAAUUGACCAAAACAAGCUUUGCAUCGCAAAACAAAUUACCACAAUGGAAAUAUUUGUUUCUUUAGAUAAUUGCAGAAAUGAUACUGGCAUGAAAAUUAAAGUAAAUUCUUUGUUUAUA